AUGGUGAACAGCUUACUAAAGGUUGGAGGCAGGCUUGGUAAUGAGCCAAUCAAUGGAAAAUCAAAACAUCCUAUUAUUCUACCCUUCAAGCAUCCCGUCACAAACAUGAUAAUUCGGCAACAUCAUGUUGAAGUAGGUCAUAUGAGUCAAGAAUCCGUCUUAUCAUCACUAAGAAAGGAAUUCUGGAUAAUUAAAGGAAGAACAGCAGUUCGACGCGUUGUACGAAGUUGCCUGGCUUGUCAAAGAAGAAAGGCUCAUUUGGGUGGGCAGCUAAUGUCACAUCUACCAGAAAGCCGAGUGACACCUCAAAAACCUCCUUUUACUAAUGUAGGUAUCGAUUAUUUUGGACCCAUGCUGGUGAAAAGAGGUAGAUCAUUGGUUAUAAGACAUGGCUGCCUUUUUACAUGUUUCACGACCCGAGCAAUCCAUAUAGAAAUAGCUCAUUCCUUGGAUACAGACUCGAUGAUCAACGCUUUCAAGAGAUUUAUAGGCAUUCGAGGAUGUCCCGAGCAAAUCAGGAGUGAUAGAGGAACAAAUUUUGUGAGUGCUAAUAAGGAAUUGAACAAAGGAAUUGAAGAGUAG